CAGCCAGCAGAAAUCACGGAGAGCAGUGGACAGGUGCACGCUGACAAAUCUAUAUUUCAGUAAAAGAUUACGGACAUGGCCUUUCCAUCGGACCUCAGUUAUCUCCACACUCCAGCAAAUAAACCCUACAACUACAGCACAGUUGCCGAUGCAGCACGUGAAAAUGCUCAGUUACGUCCAAAUCAAGAAAUAUUAAUCUUUAGAGAAUUGGACGGGUCGCGGUCAAGUUUGACCAAUGCCAGUCUGUACCAACAGGCAGAACAGCUGGCUAGAUACCUUGUGAAACAAGGAAUUAAGAAAGGCGAAACUGUGGCCUUGUUAGGCCCGAAUACACUUGAGAUGGCCAUAGCGACCUUAGGGAUAAUAAAAGCUGGUGGUGUUGUCUUAACUAUUGUUCUCAACAUGAAAAAAGAGGAUGUAAUGGCACAACUUCACAUUGUCAAUGCAAAAUUCAUCUUGGUCGAUUGUGGUAAAAAUGACAGUUUUAUUCAUUCUUUUAAGGCUAUACUGGAUCACUGCGGAGCUCUCACAGCAGAUCCAUCUUCUGAGCAUGAUAUUAAAGUACUUUCUCUGAGAGAAACAGAUUCAUACAAUGUGCCAGUUAUAAAUCAAUAUAUGCUAUCACAAAAUAUAGCAGAAGCCGAACUCCCACAUAUCUAUCCAGAAGACAAUGUGAUAAUAUUAUCAACAUCAGGAAGUACCGGCAUACCAAAGAUGGUUUGUUUUUCCAACUUUGACUGUGCAAACAUCGAGCAACGUUUAUCAGGAAACUACCAGCGUAUUAUUUUCAAUGACAGGUUAUUCUUCUGGGCGUUAGGAUCCAUUAUAAAGUAUAUCAUGCGAAGCGAAACUAGGGUAUUUUUGGAAACAAGUGUGACACUGAACAGUCCAAAUAUAGAUUUUACUUGGCACAUUUUGAAAGAAGAGAGAUGUUCGGACGCUUUGCUUCCGGCUCCAGAAAUCCGCAAAUUACUUGAAUUAUCAAAGUUUGUUGCAGAUGACGGAAUCAGGCUGAAACAUAUAAUUACCAGCGGCCAGAUCAUUGAUAAGUACUGUACUGGAGCAUUGGGACAACUCUGUGAGAAAUUUGUGGUUUUAUAUGGCGCAACUGAGUGUCGAGGCAUCUGCUUGAAAACCAUAAGUGAUUGCAACGAACUUCUUCAGGCUGGAGAUGUUGGUAAACCCGUAGCGGGGGUUGAAAUCAGGGUCGUUGACAACCAAGAUAAUCCCAUCAAAAGGGGUUUAACUGGUAAAAUCCAGGUACGCUCAACGUUGGCAAUGACGGGAUAUGUUUCCAACCCAGAGAAAACAAAAGAGGUUUUUACAGAAGAGCAAUGGUACAGAACAUUCGAUAUCGGUAAGGUAUCAUUAGAUGGCAAUCUCAUUAUACAGGGAAGAGAGAUCGAGGUCGUAAACAGAGAUUCAAAAAGAAUAUAUCCUAGCAUGUUGGAGACCAUUUUUAAAGACAUGGAAGCAAUCAAAGAAGUGUGUGUGGUACCUGUUCCGGAUAAAAAGCUGUAUGAAGAGGUUUGCGUGUGCUUUGUACCUUUCGGCGAACUCACCCCGGAGGAUGUUAAACAGUUUUGCAGGCAAAAUUAUUUCAAGGCGAAAGCUCUCAGCGGGCUUGACGAAAUUCCGUCUUAUUUCUUACAGUUUGAAACGUUAUCGAAAUUAGGGACUGGCAAACUUGACAGAAAGGCGAUACGUCAGCAUGCAACUACAAGAUUGAGAUUGACAAUGGAAACACAAAACUAAACAGCGAUAUGAUAGUAUUAAUAUCGAAAUUAAAAGUACGAAAUAAGUAUAUGAGUGUUCGUUUCACAUGACCUGGAAAACAAUACAAUGUAUAUAUACCUGAUGAAAAGUGUAUGAACAUGUUUGUAUGUGUGUGUUGUUUAAACUCACUCCGGAUAAAAUAUCGCCUGCUAGAUAAGCAAAACGUCAUCCUGAAUUCUAUCAAACGAAAAAGUAUGCAUUACUAUCGAUCUAAUUUUAUGAAGUAUAUCAUUCUUAAAAGAAAUCGUGUUUUCAUUUUUACAAUUAUAUUUCAAUCGGUGUUUGAUAGAUUUACAAAUAUUAUCAGGUGAAUGUCACGAGUGCCGGAUUUAAAAGUCAAAUGUUUGAGUUUCUCAUACCCUCUAAUAAAUUCAGUUUUCUCCCGAGUAUAUCGGGACUUCUGUUUUUCUUCCGAGAUAAGAUAAUGUUCGUCGUCAUCUUGAAAUGAGGCAGA